CUUAAUAGGGCAGGGAGGAGAGGGGCUCGGAGCAACAUGUCGGAGGAGGACGCAGUCAAAGUGUGUUUGCGGGUCCGGCCGCUCAUCCACAGAGAACAAGGAGAACAAGUGAAUCUGGUGUGGAAAACGGACAACAACAGCAUCUCUCAAGUGGAUGGGACAAGGUCUUUCAGUUUUGAUCGUGUCUUCCAUUCCCACGAAACAACAUGUCAGGUUUACCAGGAAGUGGCCGUUCCUAUAAUCCGUUCCGCUCUGCAGGGUUACAACGGCACAAUUUUUGCCUAUGGACAGACUUCCUCUGGAAAGACGUACACAAUGAUGGGUACACCAGAUAAUCUGGGAAUAAUCCCUCAAGCCAUUAAAGAGGUUUUCAAAAUCAUUCAUGAGAUACCAAGCAGAGAGUUUUUAUUACGUGUUUCCUAUAUGGAAAUUUAUAAUGAAACCGUCACAGAUCUUCUUUGCGAUGACAGAAAAAAGAAACCUUUGGAAAUACGAGAAGAUAUCAAUCGUAAUGUGUACGUUGCUGACCUAACGGAGGAGCUUGUAAUGGAACAUGAGCAUGUUUUGCAAUGGAUCAAAAAGGGAGAAAAAAACAGACACUAUGGAGAGACAAAAAUGAAUGACCACAGCAGCCGCUCUCAUGCCAUAUUUAGAAUGAUACUUGAAAGCCGUGAGAGAAAUGACCCAGGAAACCAGGAGAACUGUGAGGGAGCAGUAAUGGUGUCUCAUUUGAAUCUUGUUGACUUGGCUGGAAGUGAAAGGGCAAGCCAGACUGGUGCAGAAGGUGUACGAUUUAAAGAAGGAUGCAAUAUCAACCGCAGUCUGUUUAUUCUUGGACAAGUUAUUAAAAAGCUGAGUGAUGGUCAAGUUGGUGGAUUCAUAAAUUACCGCGAUAGCAAGCUCACACGAAUUCUUCAGAAUUCAUUGGGUGGAAAUACAAAGACUGUAAUCAUUUGUACUAUUACGCCAGUUUCACUUGACGAGACCCUGAGCACUCUGCAGUUUGCAAGUACAGCCAAACAUGUAAGAAAUACUCCACAUGUUAAUGAGGUGCUGGAUGACCAAGCUUUGCUUAAGAGGUAUAGGAAGGAAAUCCUCGAUUUGAAGAAACAGCUGGAAGAACUGGAGGCCUCUUCUGAGAUAAAAACCCAUGCAAUGGCUAAAGAAGAAGAACAUUCCCAUUUGCUGGCAGAAAUAAAGCAACUGCGAAAAGAAAGGGAAGAACGAAUAUGGAAUUUGACAAACAUAGUUGUUGCAUCUUCCCAACCCUCCCACGAAGACCAAAGGGUUAAUCGAAAAAGAAGGGUGACCUGGGCACCUGGAAAGCUCCAAAAUAGCUUGCAUGCUUCUGUAAUUUCACCCUUUGCAAUUGGCUCUACAUUAACUUCUAACCUUGCCAAGCGACCAAAGGUUACCGACUUUUCAACAAUCCCGGAGAUUGAUGAUUCUGUUUGUACAGAAUUUUCGGAUUUCGAUGAUGCAAGCCGUGUACUUGAUGACUUCAGUCAAGAUGCAGACUGGAAUUUCGGAAGUAAAGUCACUCGCAGGGAAAAGACGACAACAGCUCUGUCUCUUUCUAUGAUCGAUUUUUCAUCAGACAGCUCAAGUGCCCUUACAAAAAACUCUUCCCUUCAAAAAUGUAAAGAGCUGGAGCUGAAAGUUGCUGAGUUACAAAACCAGCUGACAAAGCUGAGUAAAGAAUAUGAGGUGGAAUCCGGGAAGAGACAAUCUCUUGAAAAAGAGACUUCAGAGUUAAAACAGCAGCAACUUCAAUCCAAAGAGCGUGAUGAGUUUGUGCAGACCCUAGAGCUGGAAAUAACCAGCUUGAAAGACCAGCUCAGGAAUGGACCUCAAUACAGCACACCAACUCCUCUGCCUGGAGACAACGUGGACAUGCGUGAAGGGCUGACAGCACUAAAUACUGACGAGGAACAAGGACCGCAGUUGGAAGGAGCCUGCCAGGAACCUGCUCAGGAACAACUUUCAAGCCAUAUUCAUGAUCUUUGCCGAGAGCAAAUACAAAUGCUUGAGCUAAAGAUAGCAGAUCUGGAAGAAAAUUCAAAUCCUCAAAAUAAUGAGCAAACUUACCUUAUGGAAAGCGUUCAAAUAUGUGAAGCUCUAUUGGCGGAGAAACAAAGUGCUUCUGACGAAUUUGCCAUUAUGCAGAGUAACUUAGAUCAUCUAGUAGCUGAGAAUGAAAGCCUGAAAACAGAAAUUGCUGACUUGAGAAAAUGUCUUCAGGAGAAACAUGAAACCAAUGAAUUUGAAAGUCUGGAGAAAGAAAUUCAAAAAGAGCAUGAGGCACAACUAACCCAUGAAAUUUCCAGUUUAAAGAAGUUAAUUGAGAAUGCUGAAGUGUACAAUCAAGAACUUGAGAAUGACCUGGAGAACAAAUCCAUACUACUUAAAGAGCAAGAAAAACUAAUGGCAGAACUGAAGAAAAAGUCUGACCUACUACAGAAGAAAGUCAGCUAUUCAGAUCUUUCCUCAUCCUUGGGUGACGGAGAAAAGCUGUGUGAAGAAGUGUUUCAAAUGAGACAGUCUCUUAGUGAUGCUGAAACAGUGACUCGUGACGCUCAGAAGGAAGCUGCCUUUCUAAGGAGUGAGAAUCUGGAGCUGAAGGACAAGUUGGAUGAGCUCUCAAUUCGCUGUGAGAAAAGGGAGAAAGACGCCUCCGAUUCUGAAAAGCAGCUGGAGAUUGAGAAGUCUAAUUACAAAAGGAUGCAGGCCGACUUGCAGAAGGAACUGCAAUACACCUUUAAUGAGAUUAACCAGCUCAACGGCCUCCUGGUCGGGAAAGUACCCAAAGAUCUCCUGUCUCGCGUGGAACUCGAUAAGCAGGUUGCAGACUUUUCCAAGCAGUUGGCCAGUCUUUUGGAGGAAAAGAAGGCUUUGGAGCAGGAAGUUGCGGGCUUGUUGGAGUACAAAUCUUUACCUAGCGAAGUUGAACACCUAAAAGACCAGCUCUCAGCCGCUCUGGAGGAGAAAGAUGAGCUGCUUCAGGCUAAACAGGAACUGGAAACUCGUUUUAAAGAAUUGGAAGAAUUGCUUAAAUCUUCUUGUAUGGAGAAUGAUAAUCUCCAAGGUGCAGUGAAUAAUCUAUCUUGUGAAGUUACCACUCUCAAGCAGCAAAUAGAAAAGCAGUCUGAGUUGUGCAAAGAAAACCAAGAAUUGGAGGAGAAAUAUAGAGCAUUGUUCUCUGAAAAGGAGCAACUUGAGGAGCAGUUGUGCGUCUCUUCCUUGAAUGUAAUGCAGCCAGAGAAUGCUGAAGCUUCUAGUAAACUGGAAGAGCUCCAAGAAGCUCUAAAACUGACUGUUCAGCUUCGAGAUGAGCUUCUUGUUAAGGUGGAAGACCUUGAAGCUGAGAAGAACAGCUUAAGACUGGAUUUAAAUGAAAACAUUGAACUGUCCAUUGAAACUCAGGAUGAACUGAGGAUAACACUGGAGGAACUUAAACAGCAGAAGCAACUAGUUACUGACCUACAAAAACAACUUGCUGACUGUGCUGGAGAUGUCUCGUCCCGAGCAGAAGACCAAGGAAACGUUCUAGAGGCGAAGCUAUCCACAAUGACUGAAAAACUACAAGAAAAUGAAGCAAAGUAUGAAACUCUUACUAAUGAGAAAACAGAACUUGAAAGAGUCCAUCAAAUCCUGAUUUCGGAGAUGAAGCUUCUCCAGGAACGUAUGCAAUCUGCAGAGAUAUCUUUGUCUAAGGUGGAGGAAGAAAAUAAUGAGCUCAAGCAAAAGCUUGAAGAGCAGCUGAAAUCUGGGGAUGUGGAUGAGCUAAUGAACAGCAGUACAAAUCUCCAAGAAAGCAGAGUUCUGGAAAAUGCUCUAAAUAGACAAUUGCAACAGGAAGAUGAUGAAAAAGGUCUCCAGCUACGAGAACAGAUGCUGGCCUUGCUUCAAGACAAAGAUGUGUUACAUGAAACUCUGAAAAACAUAACAGCUGAAAGAGACCAACUUCAGCUGGACUUAAAGGAGAACAUAGAAAUGUCCAUAGACACACAGGAAGAGUUAAGGUGUGCCCUGGAUGAAGUAAAGGUUAAAACGGAGUUACUGGAAUCUCUCAGCACUCAAGUGAAUGAAAUUAAGGUGGGCGAAAAUGAAGACUUGAAUAGCUUGUGUCAACACUUGAAACAAGACGGUGAGAAAUAUUUAGCCCAACUUGAUGUGGAAAAGUCCAGCAGAACUGAGCUCCAAUGUGAGGUUGAAGAAAAGCGCAAGAGGAUUGAGGAGCUUGAAACUAAACUGCAACAUAUUCUCAGAAACCUUGAAGAAACGGAGUCAAAAUAUAAUAAGAUGGCAGAAAAUCUUGAACUGGUUACAAAGGAAAGGGACCAUUUAAUAUCCUCAAUGGUUACUAACAGCAAUCUCCUUAAUGAAAUGACAUCUUAUAAGCAGGACAAUCAGACAAAAGACCAGAGUUUACAGGUCUCUGAUGAAAUAUCCACAAAUGUUGAUCAGUUUGAUACUGCAGCCAGACAAGAAGAGAUUGAAAUGGAGAGCGACGAGUUGACCGAAAUCCUCAGUCAAUUGCAGCAGCAAGUCCAAUUGCUUUCUCAAGAGAAAGUCGAACUUCAGCAGACCAUUGAUCUUAAGAAAGAAAGAUGUGAACUGCUGACUGAUCUUCAGAGACAUACAGAUAAUUACACAAGAUCACAGGAAGAGAUACAGAGAUGCCAAGAGGAGUUAAAACAGCAAAUCAGCUUUGUUGGAAACUUCAAUUCUCAAGUUACUAACAGUACUUUUAUAGAUGAAAAGGGAACAGAAACUGACCGGAUGCCAUCCUUGGAAGUGGAGGUUCUUGGCUUACAAGAAAAGCUGCUGCAGAAGAACAAUGAAUAUCAACAACUUAUUCAGAACAUAGAAAAGCUUGGGCAGGACAAGAGCAUUUUGAGCACUCAGGUUGAAGGUCUUCUGAGAGAUAUGACCGAAAAACAGUCAACACUUCAGUCUUUACAAAAUGAAAAACUUGAAGCUGAAAGGAAACUUCUGGAUCUUGGGCAGCAAAUGGAAGUAAUUGUUCAGGAGCGGGAUCAUCUGAAACAUGCACAACAAGUAUACUCCUCUGAAAUAGACCAAGAAAGUCAGACAAAAGAUAAUGACCAGGCUUCCCACUUUGAAAAGGAGCUUGAACAAUCCAGCCUCACCAUAAAUAAUGAUUUAGAACUCCUGAAAAUGAAUUUGAAGAACCGUGAAGAAGAACUGGAAAUGCUAAAAAGUGAAAAAUAUUAUAAUGAGCAAAAGAUAAAUAAUCUUCAGAACCAAGUGGAACUUACCACUGAAGAACUGAAAAACAUGAAGGUGGCACGACAGUGUCUUGAAUCAGAGAUGGCCCAACUCAAAGAAGAGCUUGAGAAGAAUAUUGAAAAGUAUACAGAAACUCGAGAUGAGCUUAAAAGAACUCGAGAAGAACUUGAGCAGCAGAAGCAGAGGGUAGAAAAGCUGGCAAAUGACAAUUCUUUACUAGAAGACAAGUCCUCUUCACUACAGAGAGAAUUGGAAGAAAAGAAUCAUAUCCUGAACAAAGCUCUAGAAGGCAGACAGAUUACUGACCUGCCUAAAGAUCUGACUUCUGAAAUGGAACAUGUCAUGGAGGCCUUAAAGACCAAGGAGCUUGAAUUGAAACAAGCCCAGGAGGAAAAAGAAGCAGCCUCAUGGAAGAUACUGGAACUCACCAACAGAGUGCAAAGUAUUACACAAGAAAGGGAUGACCUGUUGCACUCCAAGGAAAACCUAGAAGAAGAGUGUACUGAAACGCAAGAUGAGCUUAAAAGAACUCAAGAAGAACUUGAGCAGCAGAAGCAGAUGGUAGAAAAGUUGGCAAAUGAUAUUUCUUUGCUAGAAGAAAAGUCCUCUUCACUGGAGAGAGAAUUAGAAGAAAAGAAUCAUACCCUGAACAAAGCUCUAGAAGACAGACAGAUUACUGACCAGUCUAAACAAGAUCUGGCGUCUGAAGUGGAACAGGUUAUGGAAGUCUUAAAGAACAAGGAGCUUGAAUUGAAACAAGCUCAGGAGGAAAAAGAAGCAGCUUCUCAGAAAAUGCUAGAAAUCUCCAGCAAAGUGCAAAGUAUUACACAAAAUAGGGAUGACCUUCAGCACUCCACAGAAAACCUAGAAGAAAAGUAUACUGAAACUCAAGAUGAGCUUAAAAAGACUCAAGAAGAACUUGAGCAGCAGAAGCAGAGGGUAGAAAAGCUGGAAAAUGAUAUUUCUUUACUAGAAGAAAAGUCGUCUUCACUGGAGAGAGAGUUAGAAGAAAAGGUUCAUAUACUGAACAAAUCUCUAGAAGACAGACAAGUUUUUGACCAGUCUAAACAAGAUCUGACUUCUGAAUUGGAGCAGGUUUUGGAGGCCUUAAAGAACAAGGAGCUGGACUUGAAACAAGCUGAGAAGGAAAAAGAAGCAGCUUCUCAGAAAAUAUUAGAACUCUCCAACAAAAUACAAAGUAUUACACAAGAAAGGGAUGACCUGCAGCAUUCCAAAGAAAACCUAGAAAAAGAGGCUAUGAAAUUAAGAGAUGACCUACAGCAACUACAACAUGAGUAUGCCAUCUUAGCCAAUGCACAGAGUCAGAAGAGUAGCCAAUUAGAUGAGCUGGAAACUGGGAUCCAACAGCUACAAGAGAAGCUGCACCUCAAUGAGGCUUCCACCAAACAGCUGGAGGAUGAUAAAGUUGCACUACAGAAGCAGUCACAGCAGUAUGAGCUGGAGGUGGCAUCUCUUCGCCAAGAACAAGAGCAGUUCCAGCAGCUGCUUCAAAGGGCACGUAGUGAAAAAGAGAACAUAUAUGCCAGUUUGCAAGAUCAAGAGAAAGCACUACAAGAAGAGCUGAGGUCUUUGCAAACAGAACUUGAGGCUGUGAAGAUGGAGCGCGAUGAGAACAAGGCGCAUCUAGUUGAGAAAGUUAAUGAAGCAAAUGAAAUGCUACAGAAAAUUUCAUCUCUGGAAGAGCAAAAGCAGCAGGAGUUAACAGAUGAAAAGAUGAAGUACUUUAAACUGUGUGAAAAGGUAGAUCUCCAGGAGAAAGAAAUUACAGUUUUGCGUUUAGUACAUAGUGAACCUACACAAGAAGAUGAACUAGUGGAACGUACUGAAGUUGCGGAAAGAAAGACUCAAGAAUGGCAGGAUCUUAUGGUGAACAUUUCUACUGUAUACUCAAAUCAUCACAGUCUGCUGACCAACCUCUCCAGUGAUCUUCAAAGUGAAACCGAAGCUCAAAAACAGUCAAUGGGUGUUAUAAAAGAAUCUCUCUCAUCAACGCUCUCGAAGGCCUUUGGAAAUCUGGAAACUGAACACAUCAAGCUAAAUUCUCAAAUGCAAACUCUUCUCAACAAGUUUAAGAUUAUAUACAGGAACGCAGCAGUCAAAAAGGAACAUUACAGUUUUGUCCAGAACUAUGAGACUGAACUGCGUGCAGUGCAAAAGAAUAAUGAUGAGCUGCUUCUUCGAUGUCAGUCUCUUGAACAGCGUGGUACAAAAUGGUGUAAAUGUGCAGCGGAGGACCUUAAGUUUUGUGAACUUGAAUUCCUGAGCCAGCUGAUCAUUAAUAAAAUUGAGGUGAUGAAGCAAGUUGAAGAUUGCUUUUCCGAGGUUCAGGUUACUCUAAAGAGUAUAGAAACGGACCUUCACGAAGAAAUGAAAUGCAAACAAGAAUUCACGGUGUGGCUAGAAGAUUUUAAAGGCUUACACUUGGACACGGAAAAGCUCCGUGAUGGAGUGCUUCAGGAGAACAGACGGCUUGCUGGAGCAAUUCAAUAUUUAACAAAGAAACUGAGGAUAAUUGCUCAGUCUAAAACAAAGCAGGGCACUAUGAUGUAUCUCAACAGUUUGGACACAGACCUGCAAGAGAAGAAGGGAAAAAACAAGGAACUGCUGCAAAGGAUGCAACAAAUUGCACCAUGUGGUGAUUCUAGCAUCUUAGAAGAAGAAAAUGCCCAAAUGCGUGAAACUCUGAAAAAUGUCCAAGGGGAGUUAAAGAAAAUGCAGUGCCGAAUUCGGGGUCUAGAAAAUGAAUUGAGCUCAGCCAAAGCAGAGAUCAACCAAAAGGAGCAAAAUCCAUUGCUGCUGAAAGAAAAGCUGCGCUCCAGCACUGCCGAGGGUGAACUUUCUGAGAUGAAGGUUAAGAUGGAUGAAAAACAAAAACGUUUCGAGACAGCACUGAAGGAAAUACAGACACUCCAGGAAAAGGUAUCCAAAGGUGCAGCACCAUACAAAGAAGAAAUUGACUGCCUCAAAAAUCAAGUUGUAAAGGUUGAGAUGGAGAGAAUGAAGUUGUCAAAAGCUUCAGACCAGCAGAUUGCAUCCUUGAAAGCUAGUAUAGAAGACAAAGAGGCGAGCUUACGGAAAUUAAGAGAACAGCUCAGGCGAACACAAAAAGACAUCGAUACUACAGUGUGUUCAGAAAAUACCAGUUCCUCUCAAUACCCUCUGACAUGCGGGGGUGGAAGCGGCAUUGUGCAAAGCACGGCUAUGCUCAUACUUCAGUCAGAAAAUGCUGCAUUAAAAAGAGAGAUUGCACAGUACAAGAAGAAAUUGCAUCAGCUCUCAAGGAACCUUUCAUCUCGUGAAGAUGAACUUAAAAAGCUGAAGGCCGGAUCUUCUGGAACCUCUACUACCCUCUUUAGUUCAUUGCAUCAAGAUGACAUGUUUCAUAGUGGUACUGAUCCUUACAGAGGAAGAUCAGUUUCCCCAAGAAAGUCAGAAAUGCCAACUUCCCAUACAGCGUCACCUGGCAAAACUGGCAUACAUAGACCAGUUUCCCCAAGAAAGUCAGAAAUGCCAACUUCCUACACAGCGUCACCUGGCAAAACUGGCCUACAUAGAAAGCGUGUAUUGUCUCCAAGUAAGACUGAGGUGCAGAGACCUCAACCAAUGUCCCCGAAUAAAAUGGACCGACACAGUGUUCCUGCCAUGUCUCCAGGAAAUACUGGCCUUUAUAGAAAGCGUGCCAUUUCUCCAUUCAAGACAGAAGGACCCUUGUUCAGCACUUUGACAUCACCCUGCAAAAAGCAAAAUUUGCCAGAAAAAACAGCAGACUCUCCUAAAGAUAAAUUUUUUGAUGCAAAGUCAAGAUCUUUACCUUACGGCCCUAGCAAGUUUUUUGAUAACUCCUCCCUUGCCAUUGGCACUUUAGCAGAUAUGGAUUUAUACGCUGGAACUUCUGCUGAAACAAAUGACAUCAAUAACUGGUGGGAUCGCGCAGGAAAAACUGAAACUCCAAAUGAUUGUAAAACGUCUUGAGCUGGAUCAAGAUAGAAAUGAAUCUAUUACAUGGCUUAGGAACCAGUAGCCCAUGUUCUCAUACUGGGCCAUGCCUCCAGGAACCUGAUACUUGUGCUGCCCCCCUGAACUUAUGUUGCAUAGACUAAGAAUGACUUUGUGCACUGGAAACACUUGUUCUUAGAAAUGUAACACGUUCUUACUACUAAUCAUUGCUGGGAUUAAAGGUCUUAAUGAUGGGUAUAUGUAAAUAGAUUUUCCACACUGGUAGAUUUCAAUGCUGGCUUUAUCACUUUUAUGUUUUUUGAUUGUACUUAUGUCUUUGUCUUAAUUAUCUGCUAUUCAUGUUGUUCAGUCACUUGAAGUGUACUUAAAUUUAUAAAUUUUACUUAAACCUACUGUAAAAGCCGUAAAAUGACUUUUUCUAUUAUACUU